AUGGUUCCAUUCACUCUCUUGAGCAUCGUUACAGCUUCAGCUUUUGGCGUCGCGCUUGCGAGACCACCUGUCAAAUUCCCGAGGUCGCCAUUCCCUAAUAUCACAGCCGCCUUCGCGGCCGGUAUUGAGUGCUUUCCAUUCGAAGAUCCGCAUUGCUGCGUCGACAGGGCAGUCUGCCAGUGCAUUAACGGAACAUUCUUCGGCGUGAAUGUGAUACAAACCAAUGCAAGCUCUUCGCUCUGCUUGCCCCCGGGAAAUGUAACUUAUGGACAGGAUAUGGGAAAUAUCCCCGGGUUCUGCUGCUAG